AUCUCCUCCCAUUAUUAUCGGUAUCCCAAAAAAAUAACUGCUGAGUAGCUUGACAGUUCACAGCUAAUUCCAAACCUAUCGCCCAAAACCAUCCCCAGCAGAAGAAGCGAAGUCAUCUUGCGAGGUGCAGCCACCGUGCACAGAGUAUGUGUGAACCUGUUGCAUUCCUAUAGUUUGGGAUGGCAGAAGAGGGAGGAACAGUCACUAAGGAAUGCGAAGAGAACCAGAUACAGAAAAUUGAGGCUGAUAAGAGCAUGGCCCCUUGGGAGCAACACUCAGCUGUGAUAAGCCUCCCUCGCUUUGACUAUGCUGCUCCGUCUUCAAUUCUCCAGCAUUCUCAUUGUGGCUUUCUUGUCACUUGUACUAUCAGGAGGGAGAAAAGUGCUACUAAGGAAGUGUUGUCUAUCCUUGGAAAGAAAGCCACUUUUCCACAUUUGGGCCUAUGUGAUUGUAAACGGAUUAUACAGUGCUAUCAACUGUCACACUGUCUUUAUUUUUUUUUUCUUGUUUAUUUUUCUCCUCGUACACUUUGGGAUGUAAUUUUGUUACAGUAUGUUGAUCCCUUUAAAAAUGGAGGUUAUAAUGGUUCGGACAGCCAUGAGAAAAAUAGCACUGUGAAGAGAAGGAGGAUGUGCGCUGAAGAUAUUGGCAGAGAAUGUUUAGACUUGGAAGCAACUGACUCUGUCAUUGUUAAAUCUGCGGAAGUGAUGACAGGUAAACUUUCAGACGAAACUCACUCAACUCCUACACAAGCAGAGACAAGCACUAGUGGAGCUUUUGAUCUUUCAUUAGUUAAGCUGACAAGGAGUGGGUUACUUCUUUUUACCUUCCCAAGGAAUGCUUUGGUUGACACUGUUGACAUUGUGUCAAAUAUCAUUCAAUCUUUGGGGUCUGGUAGUGUAAGUUCACCAAACUGGUGCCAUCGUAUGUUUCCAAUUCAAGCUACCUGUCGUUUGAAUGAAAAGGAACUGCAAGAAGUUGUAUCAACACUAGUUAAAAAAUUUGUGGCCAAUAAACAAAACCAUCUUGGACUACCUCUAAAGUUUGCAGUUGGGUACAACCGAAGAGGAAUUGAAGAGACAAAGUUUCCAAAAGAAAAUGCAGAUAAUUCCAGUGAAUAUAGUUUGUUGGACCGUAAUAAAUGUUUCGGCAUAGUUGCUUCUGCUGUCAGAAAUGUUGUAGAAGAUUCAAUAGUGGACCUCAAGUGUCCAGAGCUCUCCAUUCUAGUUGAAUGGCUACCUCUCUCAGGAUUACCUAUUGGAUCAAUAAUUGUUGCUGUCUCCGUUCUUCCCAUUAAUCUCGUUAGCACAAAACCUCGACUCUGCAUCAAGGCACUGACUUCCAAUACCAAGCAAAGGUCUGGACCUCAGUGAGUAGAACUUCAAAUUUUCACUUCAACAUAACUUCAGCCUCAAGUAGACGCUUUAUGCAGGUUAAUUAUCUCCCUGAAAACAUCUCAUGGGUUGACUGCAUACAGUUCCCCUCUUUUUAUUUAGAUUCACUCAUUGUUCGUAGGGCGAGUUUUGACGCAUGGGGUGUAUAAUACUUUGUUUAUAACUUACAUUGCUCUCAGUCUUGACAGUAGCACUGUACUUUUAGAACUUACAUUGCUCUCAAUUUAAACACUACUUUAUUCACUAUACGAAGAACAUGGGAAAGUUGGAUCGCCCAUGCAUGCUCUAAGAAGCAUUGUACAGGUUUCCUCAAUCUUUACCCUGGACCCUGGUGCAGUUUGAUGUCUUCAUCAUGAACCUUUACGCUCAUGUCCCAAGCCAAUUUCAAGCCUAUCAAUAGUGCCCACAGUUCAACACUCAAGGCAUUCGUGAGCAAUCUAUUGUGGUGCACCUGCCAUGAAAACGUUUUGCACCGAUGAGGCACCUUUGACUCGUAGAUUUUCUCCCAAAAUAUUGCACCCCAUCAUCACUCUGUUGUAGAGCGUACUGUGAACGCGUUAUGCUUUGAUCCCUGACCAUACGUUACGGCCAUUACAUUUCUGUUAAAUGGUAGGAAGAAGAUCACUACCACAUUUAUAUUUCU